AUGGCGCUGAUCGUGGCCGUGCGGCGGCUCUCGCAGCUGCCGGGCCGCGGCGAGCGGCAGGUGCAGCUCAGCUUCCGAGGCUUCACGCAGAGGACGAGGAGGCUGCGCUGUGGCGCCGAGGCCGUCUUCGGAGAGCUCUUUCGCUGGCCUCACUAUGGGAAGCUCAUCAUGGGCGAGAUGCUAUCCAUCAAAGUUUACAACUGCAGCAAGGUUUUCAGUAAUAGGCUUCUUGGUACCCUCGUCCUCAGCCUUCAGCAUCUGAUGACAUCUGGGAGGCUGAUCCUCCGAGAGGCCCUCGUAGACAGGAACCACAGCGUCACCGGUAUCUAUAUUGAGCUGGAUUUGCGCUACCAGCCCCCAGAUGGCUCAGCUGGAACCUGGGUGGAGGAUGAUUUUGUCUAUCAGAUGAAAGACAGGACAGCCGAGGGGCAGAGAGCCAGUGAGCUGGACAGGAAGGCUGCUGCACUGGGUAGGAAGCUGGUGAAAGGCCUGGAGACCGACGAUGAAGAGGAGGAAGAGGAAGAAGAUUUCUAUGAUGUUUCUGAGAUGGAAGUCUCGGGCAUUGUCUUCAGCCCUGUGAAGAGCCGUUCCAGGCAUUGCUCCAGAUGGGACCUCUUUGCCACCCCAACCCCGCAGAGCUUCCAGGUUGGGAUUAAUAUCAUUGAAGCGCAGAAGCUAGUGGGAGUGAACAUUAACCCCUUUGUGGUGGUCAAGGUUGGAGAAGAGAAAAGACAAACAGCGACACAGAAGUCAACAAACUGCCCCUUCUACAACGAGUAUUUUUUGUUUGAAUUCCAUGAGCCAAGGGAAAUUUUAUUCCACAGGCUCAUAGAGAUUUCGGUCUUUCACUCAAAGAAGAUACCAUUCCUGGGAACAUGCAUAGGGACAUUCAAAAUGGAUGUUGUAACAGUGUACAACCAGCCAGAUCACAGGUUUUUUCAGAAGUGGGCGGUUAUCAGUGACCCCACAGACACCCGGGCAGGUGUGAAAGGCUUUGUGAAGUGCAACAUCUCCGUCACCGCACGUGGGGAUGUUGUGGGUUCCCUUCCCACCUCCUCCAGCAGCCGGGAUGAGGACAUUGAAAGGAACCUGCUGUUGCCUAAGAGAGUCCCUGCAGAGCGACCCUGGGCCAGGGUCUGCAUCAAGCUCUACCGUGCUGAAGGCCUGCCCAGCAUGAGUGCAGGCAUCAUGGGCGGAUUCUCCAAGAUCAUAGGGGAGAAAAAAGUCUUUAUUGAUCCAUACGUGCAGGUCUCAUUCUGUGGUCAGCAGGGGGAAACAUCAGUGGAGAGCAGCACCACUGAGCCUGAAUGGAACGAACAGAUCAGCUUCAUCGAGAUGUUCCCACCUCUUGCCAAGAACAUAAAAGUCCAGGUUUUGGAUGAUGCCAACGUUGGUGAUGUGGCCCUUGCUACGCAUUACAUUGACUUGCAUCAGAUCUCGGAUCCAGGCAGGAACGACCCUGGCCCUGUCACUGCAGGCUUUAACCCCACAUUUGGCCCGGCCUGGGUGAACUUGUAUGGCUCUCCCCAGAACUCGGCUCUACGGGACAUCCACAAGGACCUCAACGAGGGUAUGGGUGAAGGGAUCUUCUACCGUGGGCGCCUCCUCAUGGCCAUCACGGUGGAGAUCUUCAGCAGCCCCAGUGUGGCAGAGGGGAGGCUUGCCGACAAGACAAAGGGUGCCCUAAGCAAGCUGAAACUGAAGAAGAAAAGUAAAAAAUCCAAGGAGAAAGCCAAAGAGCUGAUCCAGCUUCAAGGAGAGGAGGAGGCUGGGGGCUCUCUGGAGGCUGAGCAGCCUGGGGAAGUCACUGUGGAGGUGGAGGAGCUCCAUCCGCUCCCUGAGAACGCAUUGGGAAGGAAGGAGGAAUUCCUCCUCUUUGCUGCCUUUUUUGAAGCCACAAUGAUGGACUCCUCUCUCGGCUCCAAGCCUGUCAGCUUUGAGGUAUCCAUAGGAAACUAUGGCAAAGCAGAAGAGGUUGUGACUAAAGUACCUAGAAAAGGGGGGAAAGGAGAAAGGAGAGAAGAAAAACAAUCACUGCUGGACCAGAGUUCAGACAGUGAACUGGAUGUUGAAGUCCUGGUCCCCACUUCAGCAGCACGAAACAAAUCAGUGACAAUAAGUCAGAGACCAGAACCUAUGGAGUAUGAUAGGUCCUACAGUUGCCUGCCCAUGGCACAUGAGAAACCCUGCGCGUAUGUGUGGAGCUACUGGGAGGAUCACACCUGGAGACUCUGCAAUUCCAACUGGAUUGUCAAACUGGCAGAGCGCCUGGAGCAGGGGCUAGAUGAUGUGGAGAAUCUCAUGAGAAGGCCAAAGGCUAAAGGAGAAGAAAGAUUACGAGAGGUGCUGGAGGAAUUUGUAGCUGGGUGCAGGCAUUAUUCCCUCAAUGCAGAGAAAAAAAACAUGGCACAUCCAAACAACCUUGACAGAUGUCGGGCAAAACACGUCAUGCACAACAUUAUCCUAUAUGCGAAACAGGGGCUCCGUGUAAGGAGGCGACUAACUCGAACCAACAUCAAGGAGAAGGUUAAGGAGAUGAGGAGAAUCCUGGCAAAGCUACGUUUCUUGGCUAAAGAGCCCCAGGGUACCCUCCCCGAUGUUCUCGUCUGGAUGCUCAGCAAUAACAAGCGCAUAGCGUAUGCAAGAAUUCCUGCACAGAACGUCCUCUACUCUGUUGUCGAGGAGGAGAAAGGCAAGGACUGUGCAAAGAUCCAAACUGUCUUUUUGAAGGUGCCUGGCUCACACGCUGGCGAGAUCUUUGCCAAACUGGAGAUCUACAUGUGGCUUGGGGUGACCAAAUAUGCGAAGAACUGCACAGUGGAGUUGCCCGAGGAGUUCAAGCAUCUCUCAGCGAGUGGACAGGAGAUGGCCCAGCUCUCGGCAUACGUUCCUCCCAGCCAGCUCAGCAGGGAUGACUUCAGCUACUUCCAACUUCGAGCCCAUCUGUAUCAGGCUAGAGGGAUCCUCCCUGCAGAUGACAACGGCCUUUCAGAUCCAUUUGCAAGAGUGAUAUUUUCAACUUAUUGCCAAACGACCAGGAUUUUGGAGGAAACACUGAGCCCAAUGUGGAAUGAGCUACUUUUGUUUGACCAACUCAUUAUUGAUGGGAAAAGAGAGGAGCUGAAAACAGAGACUCCUAUUGUUAUAGUCAAUCUCUUCAACCACCACAAAUUUGGCUCCUCUGAGUUCCUUGGCCAGGCAUUUGCCAUCCCUCAGGUGAAGCUGCUUGACGAACCAUACAGCAAACCUGCCCUGCAGUUCUUCGAUUUCUACAAAGGAACCAAAGCAGCAGGGGAGCUCAUCGCCACUUUUGAGUUGAUUGAAUUGGAUUACAGUGGCUAUUUGGAGCCAGCAGUGCCUGAAGACGUGGAGCCCAAGGAACCUGGCUUCCUGGGAGACCCCCGAACUGGACGGUUCAUCAUCCCUGAGGGCAUCCGCCCGGUGUUGAAGGAGUUUCGCAUAGAGAUCCUGUUCUGGGGCCUACGGGACCUGAAGCGAGUGAACUUGUUCGAGGUAGAUCAACCUCAGGUGAUCAUCGAAUGUGCUGGGAAAAAAGUGGAGUCAGAAGUUAUCAUUGCCUACAAAGAGAACUCCAACUUCACUGAGCUGGUCAAGUACAUGGACGUGGAGCUCCCAGAGCAGGUCUACCUUCACCCUCCCCUCAGCAUCUUUGUAGUGGAAAAGCGUGCUUUUGGGCGCACUGUGCUGGUGGGGACCCACAUUGUGUCCAACGUGAUGAAAUUCUCUCCCAGAGAACUCGAGGAGGCGCUGGAAGAUGAACCCAAAGCUCAGAAAGUCUUGUCCCGGCCACUGCCCUCUCAAGCUGGUGACCCACGUCCCAGCACUCUCCCUCUGAGUCUUGUGAAGGCUCCUUUGAAGAAAAUUCCUAUCAAUAAGCUUAUAAAGAAAAACAGUGGAUAUGAAGAGGAAAAACCAGAGUUGGAAGAACUGGACUGGUGGUCCAAGUACUAUGAGUCCUUAAAGGAGCUCAGUAACCAGAUGCACAGUGAUGAGGAAGAUGCUGAGAAUGAUGACCUUAAUGAUGCAGAUGGAGGAAAUUUAAAUGCAGCCUCUAUUGACAUAGAAGCAGAAGAGGAGGCAGUAAUUGAAGCUGAACUAACUCGACCCAAGAGGAAACACAUUGCCACACUUCAGAUCUACAACUCCGAGCUGGAAAGUGAAUUUGAUAAUUUUGAAGACUGGCUCUGUAUCUUUCUCCUCCAUCGUGGCAGAACAAAUGAGGAUGAAGAUGGGAAUGAGGAUGAACAUUUUGUGGGGAAGUACAAGGGCUCCUUCCAUGUCUACCCUACUGAGGAAGCUGGCACAGAGCACAGAAUCUCCCAGGGCAUUCCAAGGAACAGACCCAUCAAAGUUCUCGUAAGAGUUUAUAUUGUUAAGGCUACAAACCUGUCUCCAGCAGACCCCAAUGGCAAGGCAGACCCUUAUGUGGUGGUGACGGUGGGGCAAGAGCACAAGGACACGAAGGAGAGAUACAUCCCAAAACAGCUCAAUCCUGUAUUUGGCGAAGUUGUGGAGCUGACGGUCUCCUUUCCCAUGGAAUCAGAACUCACUGUAGCGGUAUUUGACCAUGACCUAUUUGGAUCGGAUGAUUUGAUUGGGGAGACCAAGAUUGAUUUGGAGAACCGAUUCUACAGCAAGCACAGGGCCAACUGCGGCGUGGCUUCACAGUAUGACACGUAAGUACUGGAGUGACAUGUUAGACCCAUGAGUGGCUAUAACAUGUGGCGAGAUGCUUUCAAGCCUACACAGAUCUUGGAUAGUUUAUGCAAGAAGAACUCACUCCCUGCAGCAGAAUAUAGACGGGAGGAAGUCAAAGUGAACAACCAGGUCUUCAAGAUCCCUCCAGAAGCUUUUCCUGAAGCACAUGAUGAACAUAAGGCUUUGUAUGUCCUGCAACACUGGGAAGAGAUGCAAGGAUGCGGGUACAAGUUAGUACCAGAGCAUGUGGAAGUUCGGUCCCUUUACAACCCAGAGAACCCUGGGCUUGUGCAGGGUUCCUUGCACAUGUGGAUUGACAUGUUUCCAAAUGACGUCCCUGCACCACCUCCUGUCAAUAUUAAGCCGCGACUGCCAAUCAGCUAUGAGCUGCGUGUGAUUAUCUGGAAUACAGACGAUGUGAUCCUUGACGACAUCAACCCAAUUACAGGAGAGCCUUCCAGUGACAUCUAUGUCAAAAGUUGGAUAAAGGGGCUUGACCAUGACAAGCAGGAGACAGAUGUUCACUUUAACUCCUUGACUGGGGAAGGCAAUUUCAACUGGAGGUUCGUCUUCCGCUUCAACUAUCUCCCAACCGAGAAGGAGAUCACCUACAAGAAGAAGGAUUCUGUCUUCUCUGUGGAGGAAUCAGAGUUCAGGGAACCAGCUGUCUUGGUCCUCCAAGUCUGGGAUUAUGACAGGAUUUCAGCUAAUGACUUUCUAGGAUCCAUUGAGCUGAAGCUGCAUGACAUGGUGCGGGCAGCCAAGAGCUCAGAGCAUUGCACCAUCAAGAUGGCCAAGGAGAAUGCCACACCUCGCUUUUCCAUCUUCCGAAACAAGCGCAUGAGAGGCUGGUGGCCCUUCAUCAAACUCAGAGAUCAAGAAGAUGAAGAGAGAGAGGAGAGGGAGGCCAAUCAGAAGAAAAAGAAAAAGAAGAAGAGGAAGUGGAGCAGCUCAGUUAAACCAGAAGAUGUUCAGUUCACAGACCCCAGUGGGAACAAGUACCUCCUGACGGGUAAGGUGGAAGCAGAGUUGCAGUUGUUGACUGUGGAGGAGGCUGAGAAAAGUCCUGUUGGUUUGGGCCGAAAAGAACCUGAACCUCUGGAAAAGCCCAACCGACCAAAAACAUCUUUCAACUGGUUUGUGAAUCCCAUGAAAACCUUUGUGUUCUUUAUCUGGAAGCGGUACAAGAAAUACAUCAUUGUGCUGUUCAUUGCUGCUGUUCUGACCGUCUUUCUGGUUCUUUUGAUCUACACCAUGCCUGGAUACAUCAGUGAGAAGAUCAUUAAUGGAUAAAUGCGCUCUGAAAAGGACUAUUCAAAGACAUGGCGAUUAUUGAAACAAUCUAGAUUGGGUCAGGAAGUUUAAUGAACAUUUGUAGGUGCCUAGCUAAUCU